AUGUGGAUGUGUGUGUGGCGCCCGAUAUUAGUAUUGAAAGAGAUUCCUCGAAAUUCACUUGUCGCGCAUCAAUGUGUUGGUUGUUUUCCGUGUAGAGUAUUGGCGUCUGCGAGGAAGGUUUUCAGUAUACACACGUAACAUUUCACUAUAAUACCCAGACGGUCUCAAGUCCCGACGUGUUCGAUGAUGCUGAAAGAGUUCACGGCGCAGUUCCUCAGGCAUACGGCUCCCAGCCGGCGUCAUUUAACUCCUGAACUUGUACUGCGUCUCGUGACCCCUUCUUGCCCCCUAUGGUCCGCGCGCAUCGAAGACUCCCCCUUUUCGGAUCCUUUCUGGGGGUUUUAUUGGCCAGGCGGCCAGGCUACAGCUAGAUAUAUCCUGGACAACUCGGAUAUAAUUCGACACCGUGGCGUGUUGGACGUUGGGUGCGGAUGCGGCGCUGGAGCCAUCGCUGCUGCCAUGAGAAACGCUAAACAAGUUGUGGCGAACGAUAUUGAUCCCUUUGCAGUAAUAGCUACGAAUAUUAAUGCAGAACUAAACAAAAUAAAAGUUAAAACUGACGUUGAUGACUACGUCGGAAGGAGCUGUAAAGAUUUUGAUGUGAUUUUGAUUGGCGACAUGUUCUAUGACGAAGAAUUCGCAAGUGUAUUGUUUGAAUGGCUCAAUAAAUUGACUGCAGAUAAUAAAUUGGUAUUAAUUGGAGAUCCGGGGCGACACAGUUUGACGGAGAGCAGGAGGAGUCAGAUGACUUUGCUAGCUAGCUACGAGUUACCCAAAGAGACUCGCGAGGAAAAUAACGGUUUCACUCACUCUACAGUGUGGCGGUUGAAUAAAUUAUGACAUAAGAACAACAAAUUUUUAACCAAUGAUUAAGUGAAAAAUAAAAUUAAUUACUUGGUAAUAAAUGAAUAGUUGGAGAAAACUUUGAUAUUUUCAGCAAUGCUAGCCUAUCAUGGCUGAUAC